UUGCAGAUUUCGUACAUAGUUAGGGACGACUCGUUAGAGGAUUGCAAUGAUGGCGAACGGAAUGGACACAGUCGUACAACAAAACGGAGGAUCGACCCUCGGACAGACCUCGCAGGAAGAGUCGAAGACGAAUCUCAUAGUAAACUACUUGCCGCAGAGCAUGACACAGGAUGAGAUUCGUUCUCUGUUCUCCAGUAUAGGCGAGGUCGAAAGCUGCAAGCUAAUCCGUGAUAAGCUCAGCG